AUGAUUGAGACUACAUCUGGCGAGUGGCGCCAGGCAUCGCGGCGAGGACUGAGGUGGAGGCUUGUCGCAAUUAUUGUUCUUACUCUCACUGGCAUGGCGUACCUUAUGUUUGGUUCAGUGUGCCUGAUAAUUGCAGAAGCAAAUGUCGUUCACAAUAUGGAGUCUGGUAAUGUACAGCCAGAGCCGAUGAGGGGAAAGGGACAAGAGGAUUUUGUAUGGCCCAAUGAGAGUAAAGCGAUAAUUGGAAUCCACGAUUUUGAAUUAAAACUAGCAAAACUAUGGUUUCCUCCACUUCCGCCUUCAAAUCCGUCGCGCAUGGCUCUCCUAGAAAACAUUGUUGCCCCGAAAAGCAAGUUCAAUUUUCAAAGGAUGCAGUUUGACUCCCGCUCACCGAUAGUGCUGCCAGUGCGAGUCUCGAGUUUGAAGUUGCCUACAGUUGAAAAAAGUUAUUCCAAAAUUAAAAGUGUAAUGGAUGACUUAUGGGAAUGCCAUAUGUCUGUUAGAGGCAUAUUAUUCCUCCAAGAUCCAUUUGGGAAGUACGUGGGCAUUUUCAGAGGGGAUCAAAGAUAUAUGGAAUUGUAUAUAAUAAACAAGAAUUAUGUUCUACAUCUUGCUGCAAAAGUAAUUAAUGUAUUGUCUAGUGACUUGGAAGGACAUGUGUUCAUGAUAUUUCGGCCAGCUAGGUCCAGGGCCAAAAAUUUUGUUUUUCGUGACGGCAGUGAAGUGAAAUCUUUGGAACAAGAAAUAUUGGAAACAUUGCAAGACAAACUACGCUUUCGUUUUGUCCAGGUACCUACAUACCAGUUGACAGAUGCAAAAUUGGGACGCCUUUAUUCGCUCGUUACCGAACCAGAAAGAUAUCCGGAAAUUGACACUAUAGAGCAACUGGCGUGUUCCUCUUUGUCUGUUGUCAGCUUUAAUAAAGCUGGCUUGAAACUUUUUGAGUUAGGUACAGCGCUUGAAGAACUUUCUGGCGCCCAGUUGCAGGCACGUCAAAGAAUUCUAGAACAAAGCAUUCGUAUAAUAACGACGGAGGAAUUUGAGAUGAUGGUAACAAAAAGUCACAAUGUAGCAGUUCUUCUUGAUACCUCUUCGUGGAUAACUUCAUCCAGAGAAGUAUUGUUUGGAAGGAUAGUACAUAUACUUAAAGAACAUAUCUUAGAAAAAGGAGAAUGUUUAAUAACAACUAAGUAA